AGAAAAGUUGCUUGGACAAGUGUAAUAUGUAAUUUUUAUUUUUGAAAAACGUGACAACAUUUAUGAUAUAAAAAUGUUACAGGCACUAAAUAAUAUGAAACUGAAUAGAAUAUUCAACACAUCAACUCUACAUAUUCUAUCAACUUCAGUAAACAAAACGAUGCUGCUUCUCCUUCUCAUAUCACUGGCCCCUGCAGCUGCUGUGUUCAGCAAACAGUCUAAUCCUAAACCUGGAAAUACAGAGGCUCUGGAAAGAUGUUUAUGUCAGCUGAAAGGCCUGAUAGAUGACUGCUCAUGCUCAGUGGAGAGCAUUGAUAGCAUCAACAACGUUCAAGUUUACCCAAUCCUGAGCAGCCUCCUCGGCAGGGACUUCUUCAGGUAUUGGAAGGUCAACCUUCAGAAGCCUUGUCCGUUCUGGCCAGAUGACAGCCGCUGUGCAAUGAGAUUCUGCAGUGUCGAGCAGUGUGAGGCACCUCCAGGUCUGAGAGUGGAUGAGACUGAGAAGCCACUGAAGGAUGAAGAUUGCACAGGAGAAGAACAUCUUGGCUACCUCAACACCACCAUCAGUGAGGAGUCGCGCGCAGGCUUCGAAGUCUGGGCAGCUCACGACAGCGCGCGGGACGACAGCUUCUGUGAGCCCGAGGACGACAGGUCCACAGGCAGUGCCUACGUUGAUCUGCUCGCCAACCCUGAACGAUAUACGGGCUAUGUCGGCACCUCCGCACACAGGGUCUGGAGCUCCAUAUACCAAGAGAACUGCUUCAGCUCAGGACCGACGUCAGGCAGCUCGGCCAACAGCCCCUUCACGCACCUCACGGACACUAGAGACGGCAGCUCGGGACUACAAGCGGGGGCCAAGUGGGGCCACAACGUCGAGGAGUUCAGGCGACGCUUCGACCCCGCGCUUACUGAUGGAGAGGGCCCCACCAGGCUUAAGAACCUCUACUUCCUCUACAUCAUGGAGCUGCGUGCGUUGGCUAAGGCGGGACGGCAGCUGGAGCUGAUGCAGUACUUCACCGGCGACCCUCAGGAGGACGAGGACGUACGGGCCGCCAUCUCCAGGCUUGUGGCUGUCGCCAGGUCGUUCCAAUAUUUCGACGAGAGCACCUACUUCUCUAACGGCCAGACGAGCCUCAAGGAAGAGUUUCGCCUUCACUUCCGCAACAUAACGCGCAUCAUGGACUGCGUGGGCUGCGACAAGUGCAAGCUUUGGGGCAAGCUGCAGGUAACGGGUCUGGGCACGGCUCUCAAGAUCCUCUUUUCCGGCAACUUCGAAGACGACAUCCCCCAGCAAGGUCCUGGCGCCGAGGACGCGCCCCAUGAGCGCCCCGUCGCCUCUGACGUCCUCAAGCUCACCAGGAAUGAGGUCGUCGCCCUCAUCAACUCCAUCGGCAGGCUGUCACGCAGCAUCUUCGAGUUGGAACAGUUCCGUAAGAUGGUGGGCAGAUGAUCGCCGCAACCGCAGCCUUUCUUCAUGCGCUGAUGAUGAGAAUCAUCACGCAUCAACAUUGUCAGCUCACCAUCAGUCACCUACACCGUCAGCUCACCACCAGGCACCCACACUGUCA